AUGGCUUUAAUUAAAUACGGUGCUUUAUUUGCUGCUGCUGCUGCUGUUGCCUCUGCCGCUUCUGACAGAGAAAUUGCCAAUGUUGAAUUAGGUGUUUACUUAUCAGACAUUGGUGCUAACAUGAAGGAUUACUUAUCCAUGGCUAAGGUCAGUCCAGAUGUUGCUAUCCCACCAGCUAUGUUAUCUAUCUACGCUGAACAAAUGACUGCUACUGAUGACUCCUACACCAGUUGGUUCAACUCCAUUGAUCCAACUGAAGUUAACUACAUGGUCACUGGUGUCCCAUGGUACUCUUCCAGAUUAUCCACUGCUAUCGCUGCUGCCUUAGCCAGUGCUGGUAUCAACACUGCCGCUGCUUCUUCCUCAGCUGCUGCUUCCUCCUCAGCUGCUGCUUCUUCCUCAGCUGCUGCUUCCUCCUCUGCUGCUGCUUCCUCCUCUGCUGCCGCUUCUACCACUUCUGCCGCUUCCUCCUCAGCUUCCGUUGCUGCCGCCAGCUCUUCCGCUUCUUCUACUUCCCACACUGUUGCUGAACAAUCUGACAAUGGUGCCAACAGAGCCUUUGUUGGUCUAGGUGCUGGUGUCUUAGCUGCCGGUGCUUUAUUGUUAUAG